AUGGGUCCAAAGAAACAAUCUGCAAAGGCACCUGUCAAGGGCUUCGUAAUUGAAGAGCCCGAGGAGUUCACUCAGAUCCACAAAGAGAAGGAGGAGCGUGCAAAGGCUAGCGCCCAGAAGAUUCAGGAGAAGAAGGACCAGAAGGAGAGAGAGGAGCGUGCUAUCCAACAGAAGAAGGAGCAGGAGGCUGAGGCUUUGAAGCAGCAACAGGAGGCUCAGGAGGAGCAGCACAGAGCCACUGAGGAGAGAAAGAAAAAGGAUGCCGAGGAUUCAUCCGCCGCUGCCACCGCUGCCGCCGAGCAUCAGAGACAACAGCAGCAAAAGGAGCAGGAGCAGGCCAAGGAGGCAGCUGCCAAGCAGCCAGAGUCUGUGCCAGUUGUUGCCGUUGCUGUAUCGGCUGUCGAGCAGCUGAAGGCGGAGGAGGCGACACCAGCCACAUCGACCACAUCGACAUCAUCAACAACAUCGAUUGCAUCACCAGCGACAGAGGCACGCAAGACAAAGUCAGCAUCACAGAAGAACAAGAAGAGAAAGCAUUCGACUCAGUUGGCACCAUUCGAGAUUGUCGAACCUGUGUUUGACGACUCGGUCACUGGCUCACCAGCCGAGAUUAGCAACAACAACGAGGAUGUCAUCCGUUUGAGAUCAUCCAAGUUGUCAAAGCCACAACAGAAGAAGAAGCCCAAGACCAAGAAGGGCACUCCAACCUCUUCACCACUCAUCACCACUCCACAGCCACAGCACGCAUCAGUGUCACCAAUCGAUACCAGCAACAUUGCUGUCGUCGCCGCCGCCAAACCAACCGAAGCACCAACCACUACCACAACUACCACCACCACCACCGCCACACCAACUGCUGAGCUCAUCCCAUCACCAAAGCCACCAAAGGCCGUCAAGACUGCUGCUGCUGAGCCAGUUGCCAAGCCAGCCGCCAAGUCAGCUGCCAAGCCACAAGCACAAAAGGCCAAGAAGCCAGCACAACCAAAGGGAUUCACAAUUGUGGAGCCAACUUUCGAUGAUGUUGAGGUCCAGCCAAAGGCUGUCGCCGCUGCUCCAGCUGCUGCUGUUGCAUCCAAGUCAGAGGACUCUGACUCAAUCGCUCCAGCCACUGCCACCCCAAGCACUGCUGGAAAGAAGAAGAAGGCUGCAAAGAAGCCAGUCAAGAAGGAUGACGACGAUAUCAAUCAGCUUUUGAAGGCAAUCAACGAUCCAUCGGUCAAGCCCAAGGCAGUGAAGCCAGUUGUUGCUCCAGUUGCCGCUGCCCCUGCUGCCAAGAAGGAGGCCGCCGCCCCACCAAAGAAGAAGGAGCAAGCCAAGAAGACUGAGGCUGCCAAGCCAGCUGCCACCCCAGCCCCAUCCGCUGCCCCUGUUGUCGCCGCUACCCCUGUUUCUGCUGCCGCCCCUGUUGCCGCCGCCGCCACUCCAACACCAAAGAAGUCCGAGGCUGUUGUCACCGAGACACAGAAGACUGAUGAUGAUGCAGAGGUGAAGAGAGCAGCUGAGGAGAAGCGAUUGGCUGAUGUUGCAGAGAAGAAGCGUUUGGAUGACGAGGCAGCGAAGAAGCGUCAGGAGGCUGAGGCAGCAGAGAAGAAGAGAUUGGCUGAUGAGGCCGAGAAGAAGCGUCUGGCUGAUGCCGCAGAGAAGAAGCGUUUGGACGAUGAGACAGAGAGGAAGCGAUUGGAGGCCGAGUCAGAGAAGAAGAGAUUGGCUGAUGAGGCCGAGAAGAAGCGUCUGGAGGCUGAGGCAGAGAAGAAGCGUGUGGAGGCUGAGGCUGAGAAGAAGAGAUUGGCUGAUGAGGCUGAGAAGAAGAGACUGGAUGCCGAGGCUGAGAAGACACGUCUGGCUGCUGAAGCAGCUGAGAAGAAGAGAUUGGCUGAUGAGGCCGAGAAGCAGCGUCAGGCCGACGAGGCCGAAAAGAAGAGAUUGGCCGAUGAGGAGGAGGAGAAGAAGAGACUGGCAGCUGAGGCAGCGGCAAAGGAGGCCGAGCAAAACGUAUUGCAACAAGUCGAUGAGCCACACCAGAAGCUCUCUCAUCCAACCCUUUCAAGACCAACAAAGAGAGGAAAGUCAUUCCUGCAAGGUGUCACUGGCGAGGAGACGACCGAGGAGACCAAGACAGAGGCAGCUGAGGCCCAGCCAGAGGAGACAAAGGCUGAGCCAGCUGCUGCUGCCGUUGUUGAGACCAAGCCAGAGGAGGCCAAGCCAGAAGAGACUAAGCCAGAGGUCCAGAGACCAGUUGGUGGUGUCAACCUGUUUGGUGGUGCCAAGAUCGAUCCAUCAAGUGUUGUUCUGAAGAAGACCAACUCUUCUGCCAAGAUUGACACACCAGUUGCUGCCUCACCCGCCAAGGAGCCAUCUGUUCCAGAUUUCAGAUCAGUCCUUAAGUCAACCAAAUCAUCUGAGAAGCUUGUUGAGUCUACUCCAGCCCCAGUUGCUGCCACCCCAGCUCCAGUUGCUGCCGCCCCAGCUCCAGUUGCUGCCGCCCCAGCCCCAGUUGCUGCCACUCCAGCCCCAACCCCAGCUGCCACUCCAGUUGCCGCUGCUCCAGUUGCCGCUGCUCCAGCUGCUGCCCCAGCUGCUGCUGGUGCUUCCGAGACCUUCUCAUACGAUGAUCUCAAGGCCAAGAAUGUCCCAGCGCACGUUGAUCGUACCAAGCUCGAGUCAUACCUUAGUGACUCAGACUUCCUCCGCGUGAUGAAGGUCACCAAGGAUGAGUUCUACAAGCUCGCAGCCUGGAAGCAAUCAAACAAGAAGAAGGAGACCUUUUUAUACUAG